AAUUGCUUUAAGGAAGACUGGAUUGCAUAUAUUUGCAGAGAAGUUCUAAGGGGUCUGGCUCACCUGCAUGCUCACCAUGUAAUCCAUCGAGAUAUUAAAGGUCAAAAUGUUCUUCUCACAGAAAAUGCAGAAGUAAAGCUUGUUGAUUUUGGAGUGAGUGCCCAGCUGGACAGAACUAUAGGAAGAAGAAACACAUUUAUUGGAACCCCGUACUGGAUGGCACCGGAGGUCAUAGCAUGUGAUGAGAAUCCAGACUCAACAUAUGACUACCGAAGUGAUCUCUGGUCUUUGGGAAUUACAGCCAUUGAGAUGGCAGAAGGGUCGCCACGU